GUUGCCGCUCUCAUUCGUUCCUCUACGUCUAACAAUUUUAGAAAUCAAGUGCUAAAAAACAUCAAUGAGUUAUAUUUGAAAAAGAGAUUUUCAACAUCUCAAUGUUCACUUGUCCUGAUUCACUUUCAGUUCGAGCCGUGAAAUCAACAUUCAACACGGAAGAAAGCACAUAGCUCCUCCGUGGUCGCAGCCUCUACACAACAAAUCUCAGGAAAUGACCCAGCCAGAUAUUCAAUUCAACUCGAAGUACAUUUAAAUACUCUAUGUCGAGCAAUUCCAAAACCAUCACAACACCAGCGCAGCUGCUCAAGAACUAAUUCUUCGACACCGACCCUCACUUAAAGCACAACUGAGCCGUGGCCUCGAAUUUCGAGUCUCGCGUCCACAAUGGACUAUGUACCUGGAAUCAAUCUCUACCGUCGACUUCGGACCUGGUUUACAUUAGCAAGGUUAUAGGGCAAUCCAGCUACCCCAAUGUAAUAAUUUGUGUGUGUCGUAACUAACAGAGUUAGCUUCCUCCGGGGUUUUCAUGCAAUGAAUAGCUAUACCAGAAUCAUCGACAGCAACCCCAACUCGCCCACAACGGCAGUUACGGGGCACCCACAAAUGGUCACCAGCUAUGAUGUCAACGAAGGAGGAAACUCAGUAAAGCAUAAGAUGGACAGUGCAGUUGCGGUAAUGCUACAGAAGAUCCAAUCUUCCAACAUGUCACAAAUGCCAUUAACGAUGUUCAACCCAUUCCGGCGUCUGCCCGCAGAACUUCGAAUCAAAAUAUGGAAACUCAGCCUACCUGAGCCACGCACCAUAACACCUCACCCGGAUUAUAUCCCCGAUGAGAUUUAUGUACAGAGCUUAGUCUCUCCCCUCUUCGAUGUGUGUUUCGAAUCGAAAGAGAUCGUUGACAAGGUCUAUCCUCUGUAUUUCCAUGAGCUACUGUUGGGCAAUGCUAUCCGUUUCUCUCCUUCGAGGGACAUACUUAUGUUUCCUGGUUACCACAUCAUGAAAACCUUCUACCUUACCCCUUGGAACGGCAUCCGCCGCUCCCUCACACCAGCCCAGUCUCAUGCAUUCACCAACAUCAAACACCUCAUAGUUAACUAUGACUUCCUUCCCGGGAGCGUCCUACCAUUCGCCGAGAAAUUCAAGAAUCUCGAUACGUUGAUUGUGGUGGGCAAGAGAGCUUGGGACGCGAGGAAGCCACCGGCUGUUGACGAGGGCUACUUUAUGGAGAGAUUGAGAGUGGCUGCGAAGAAUAGAGGUAGAGAUGGGAGAGAGCCGGAAGUUGCGUUUCGGAUUGGAGGUUGGGGAAUGGUCCUGCGCUGGACUGGUGGAAUGUUUUUGGAAUUUGGACUUUGGGAGGUCAUGCUGAAGCUCUGCGAAAGAUACCUUGGCGUUCUUUGAUUUGGACUUGGAAAUGCGCUAAAGUCUUGGACAUAGCGCUGAUUUCUAUAAUGACACAAAUCGGAAAACAUGAAAGGAUACUGAUGUGUCGUCGCUACCCUUACUUUGUUCCUCUCCAGAACAUGACGUCCCGCAGAAAGCGAAGGGUUUGGUCCAAAGGGAAGUAGUGGAGACCAACAUAAGCGAGACACGGGUUCGGAAUGGUAAACAAAAAGCUUUCCAUUGAAAGCGAGGGUACAAAGCAAUGAUCGCCGAGACAUCUUCACAUAGACUCAGAAUUACAGGAGGCUGCAAUGGGGACGUGCGGUAAUGGUGAUCCGAUUGGCGGUGAUCCCAUAAGGGACCGCUAGGGCUGGGGAGGAUGGAGCUGGU